UAACGACGGAAUAGAAGAAAAUCGAUCUCUUCGCGACCAUGUGGCGGUACCGGAAGAUCGGGCUGAUUGCCGCGGUGGCCCUCGUCUGCGUCCACGCGCAAGAUGCUGAGAAAAGAGCUAAGCGAUCCCCGUGGUCAGGCCUCGGCGGACUAGGCGGCGGAUUUGGAGGAGGUUUCGGCGGAGGAUUCGGCGGCGGCGGUGGAGGAGGUGGAGGAGGAGGCGGCGGUGGCGGCGGCGGUUAUGGCAGCGGUGGAGGAUUCGGUGGCGGAAAGGGUGGUGGCCUUGGCGGUGGCUUAGGAAGUGGUGGUGGCCUUGGCGGUGGCCUAGGAAGUGGUGGCGGCCUCGGAGGAGGUGCCGGAGGCCAUGGACCAGGUGGUGGUUGCGGUGGCGGCAGUUGCGGCGGCGGAGGCCCCGGCGGCGGCGGAGGCCACGGAGGCGGAGGUGGCCUUGGAAGCGGUGGCGGUGGCGGACUUGGAGGUGGUGGCGGUCUCGGAGGCGGAGCCGGUGGUGCCGGAGGUCACGGCGGUGGAGCCGGCGGUGCCGGAGGCCACGGCGGUGGAGCCGGUGGUGGACCCGGUGGCUAUGGAGGAUCCGGUGGUGGUGCCGGAGGAUACGGAGGAGGCUCCGCUCCUGGAGGUGGCUCAGGAGGAUACGGCGGUUCCGGAGCCGGUGGUGGUGCCGGUGGUAGUGCCGGAGGUGGUGCCGGAGGAGGUGCCGGAGGAUACGGUGGUUCCGGUGUCGGAGGAUACGGAGGCGGCUCCGCUCCCGGAGGUGGCUCCGGAGGAUACGGUGGUGCCGGAGGACACGGUGGCGGUGGCGCCGGAGGACACGGUGGCGGCGGUGGUCUUGGAGGCGGAUCCGGAGGUGGCGGCGGUCUUGGAGGAGGAUCCGGAGGUUCCGGUGGCGUAACCAAGACUGGCGGUUACGGCGGAGCCGGUGGUUACGGUGGCGCCGGAAGCGGAGCCGGUGGCGGUGCCGGCGGUUAUGGUGGCGCCGGAAGCGGAGCCGGUGGCGGUGCCGGUGGUUACGGUGGCGCUGGUGGCGGAGCUGGUGGAUACGGAGGAGGUGCGGGUGGAGCUGGAGGACACGGCGGUGGUCUUGGCGGUGGUAACGGAGCCGGUGGCGGUCUUGGCGGUGGUAACGGAGGCGGCCUUGGCGGCGGUCAUGGAGGCGGCGGUGGUCUCGGAGGCGGUGGAGGCCUUGGAGGUGGCCGUGGAGCCGGUGGUGCCGGUGGUUACGGAGGCGCAGGAGGCGGAGCUGGCGGUUAUGGAGGCGCAGGCGGUGGAGCCGGUGGUUAUGGAGGCGCCGGAAGUGGAGCCGGUGGUGGAGCCGGUGGUUAUGGUGGCGCCGGAAAUGGAGCCGGUGGUGGAUCUGGUGGUUACGGAGGCGCCGGAAGUGGAGGAGCCGGUGGUGGAGCCGGUGGUUAUGGUGGCGCCGGAGGUGGUGGAGCCGGUGGUUAUGGCGGUGGUGGCAGAGGAGGCCACGGUGGAGGUGGUCUUGGCGGAUUCGGUGGAUCUUCCGCCACUGCCAAUGCGCAAGCCAGCUCUUCCGCAAACGCGCAUGCGAGCGCAAACGCGAAUGCAUUCGCAGGAGGUAACUCUCACGCGGCCGCUAGCGCCAGCGCGAACGCGAACGCUGGAGGCUUCGGAGGACCCGGAGGUUUCGGCGGUUCUGGCGGUGACUACGGUGGCUACGGCCACGGAGUGGAUUUGUUCUCUCGAAUGGGCGAGAUCGACGAGGGCGCGAACAAGAGCGGCUCCGUGACCGGCGCCAAGGGUGUCUACAGCAGCAGCGCGGCCAACCUCGACUCCACUGGAAAGGGCUCGUACAAAGUGUCGGCUGGCAAGAUCGUGUAAAAUCAUUUACCUCCUGGAACCCAGCGGUGGGAGGAUAGCUUCAUUAUUGUAAAUUUCACCUGUGAUCGAAUAGAAAGAAAAUGUUUUCUCUUGUA